UCUACUCUCUUUCCUUGUAUGCAUAUAUGAAUCUCUAGAAGUCUAAACCUCUGUUUCCACCUUCUCUUCCCGGACUUGCAGCGAACUCCCUAAAAGCCCUGAUGCGAACCCCCUCGCUCCAAUCCCAAUUCUCUUAUCCUAAUCAUUCUCUCCUCUUUCCUCUGAUCUAGCUUCUCUUCUUUGUUCUCCAAAAUCCUCUGUUUUUUUUUUUUUUCUCUCUCUCUCUUUUGCCGUUUCCUUUGGGGUUCUCUAUGGAUUUUUAGGAAAGGAGAGGAGAAGAGGCCGGCGAUAAAGGUUGAAAUCCAAGAAGAAAGGGAGAUGGAGAUGGUACUCGAUGAGAUCCCCCAUCACCAUGGGGAUGCUCGCGCCGGCCAUUACCAUGGCUAUCAGAUACAGCAGAUGCAUCCGGCUCAUGACAUGCAUGGUUACGCUGCCAAUGAUGAUGUUCCAUCACAAUCCCAUUGGCUUCUUAAUGGCCAUGGACAUGGCGCCGGUCAUGCAUGUAUGUUCCCGCCGCCCCUGGUGUCGGAUAGCUCGUCGUCGAGCUCGCUCUUGGGCACAUCAUCCCCCGCCGGCGACGAUGGAGCCCGGCGCUCCUCCGCCGGUGAGGACUGCAUGAUGGAAGAGCUCGGCUUGUUCGCCGGGCUAGGCCGCCUGAGCAUCGGUGAUGAUCGGGAAGCACAGCGUGGGCUCCCACCGGCGCCGGCGCUUUCGAACGGUGCGAUGAGCCCUUCUCUUUUCCGGAGUAAUUAUAGCAACAAUUCAGUGUUUGGAAGUGCUUUAGGUGAUGUUUAUGGGGCGCCUCGGCGCUCUGUUGUCCCAAACUCUCCGCUGUUUGAUGCGGAUGAGAGGUUAUAUGGGUCUGGAUUGCAGCAGCAUUGCUCUGAUCCAGCAUCCUAUUCCAAUGAUCUUUGUACUGCGAGGGAGAAUUUCCUAUGCAGAGGGGAAGCAAUUGGUGCUGACGGUGCUUUUGGUGCGAACUUGGAUUACAUGGGAGCCCACGGUUCAGGCUUUCCCUCGUCUUUCUUGCAGUUACCACAAAAAAGGGUCGAUCUCGGCCAGGAUCUCAAUGCCCUGAAUUCCCUGAGCCCCGUUCAUGCGAAUCUUUCUAAGCAAGAUUAUGGCUUGCCAUAUAGUUGGGUGCCUCAGUCGCUCUUGCUCUCAAGAAACCUGAGAAGUAUUGAGGGGCAGCGUUUUGUUGGGAACCGACGGCAUGAUAACUGGAUGCAUUUGAGAGGCAUCCCAGUCGUAAAUGUGAAUUGUGGGAUUGAUCGGAUGUAUUUGAGAGGCAUCCCAGUCGCAAAUGUGAAUAGUGUGAUUGCAAAUGUGAAUAGUGUGAUUGAUGUUCACAGCCCUAAUCCUGGUUGCUCUCCUAAUUUGCCACUAACAUAUGAUUAUUUGAUGGGCAUGGGCAUUGAAGGGUACAUGUGCCGCAUUGCGAAGAACCACCAUGGGUGUCAGUUCUUGCAGCGUAAAAUUGAUGAGGGAAGGCAUUUUGUCGAUUUCAUAUUUAACGGGAUCAUCCAUCAUAUCGUCGAGCUCAUGGUGGAUCCCUUUGGAAAUUAUCUCAUGCAGAAGCUUCUGGAUGUAUGCAGCAAGGAACAAAGGAUGACAAUCAUCCUCAAGCUGAUCGAAGAUGCAGAGGAGCUUGUCAGAAUCUCUCUAAACAUACAUGGGACGAGGGCUGUACAGAAGCUGAUAGAGACUCUAAAAACCAGGGAGCAAAUUGCUUUGGUUAUUUCAGCACUACAACCAGGGAUUUUGGAUCUCAUCAAGGAUCCAAAUGGCAAUCAUGUGGUACAACGGUGCCUUCAAACUUUUACAGCCAAGGAUAAUAAGUUUAUUUUUGAUGCUGCUACGAAGCAUUGUGUUGAUAUUGCAACCCAUCAACAUGGAUGCUGUAUCUUGCAACGAUGCAUCUCUCAUUCUACUGGAGAAGAUCGGAGGGAAUUGGUUGCAGAAAUCUCUGCUAAUGGACUCAAACUAGCUCAAGAUCGUUUUGGAAAUUAUGUUGUUCAAUACAUCCUAGACCUGAAAAGUCCAUUAGUAAUUGCAAAUUUGGUAUUCCAAUUUCAAGGAAAUUAUGUACAGCUCUCAAUGCAAAAAUUCAGCAGCCAUGUGGUAGAAAAAUGCCUCAAGGUAUUUGGGGAAGAUGAUCGGGCAACUAUCAUAUUAGAAUUGCUUUCGGUGUCUCAGUUUGAGCAGUUACUGCGAGACCCUUAUGCCAAUUAUGUCAUUCUAUCGGCUCUUCAAAAUGCCAAGGGUUCUCUUCAUACCGCACUGGUUGAUGCCAUUUGUCCUCAUGCAGCAAUUCUCCGAACCAGCCCAUACUGCAAGCGGAUAUUCUCUCGACUAAAGAAGUGAUGCAAAUUCUGGAUUGGCAAGAUCCAUGUUGUAGUUUCUGUGUUUAAGGCAGUUGUUGCUGGAACAAGCGAAUCUAGAGUUCCAAAACUGUAACUGAAGUGAGAUGGGUUGCAAGGAGAUCGAACAAAUUAAUAUGUAGAGUUAUAAAAUAUCUGCUGUAAUAUUCUGCUGUCU